AUGAGGGCAUCUCGAACUUCUUCACUGCAUUGGGUGACAAUGCAUCUCUCUUUUUGUCUUCUUCUCUUCGCAAGUCUCUUCGGAGCAACAGUCCAAAAGUGCUGUCAAUAUCCGGUUCAUUACCCAGAAAACCGUCCAAAGAAUUACCAAGUGUUAAUCAAUAUGGGAUGCGAGGUUGAUGGUAGAGGAUCGAAGCCUUAUUUCUACAAUCUAAUUGGAAAUUUCUCAACUUUACAUCCAGCGUACAUUAAUUCUGGAGCGCUCGUGAGACGUGAAUUAAACGAAGCCUCAACUCCGCUAAUACCCUUGACAUGCGACACACAAACUGGAUUGUGGUUUUGGAAUAAACCUGAUGACGCAUAUGUUCGAAGCUUUAAAUACACAGAGUUUUGCUGUUAUUGGUCGGAAAAAAAGUUCGGUGUUGUGGGUUGGCCUUGGAACUCUUUGGCUCCACCUCAACGCUAA